GUCAUUCAACUUUGCACGUCAAAAGUUCGAAGGUGCAAAAAACACGGACUUCAUUCAAUUCAACGUAAUAAACUCGUGAUAGUAACUUAAUUAAAACCAGCAACAUAAAAACAAGUUGGCGAAAAUAAUCUAAAUAUUAAAAUGUUAGUGAAGAACACACACUGCUCUUAGUAUAACGUAGUUUUCGUAUUUUGUUUUGCAUGCCGUUUGCGCAUUAAUUUUAAUUUGGUCUUUUAAUUAUUUAAUCAUUUAAAGUAGCUAAAGUAUUAUAUUUAAAGGUUUACAAAACAUUUAACGUCCAUUUACUAACAAGUGUGGUAAUAAUUGUAUUAAUUUUGUGGUUUGCAAUCCUUGUUUGAUUAAUUUUCGCAGUUAACAAAUAUAUUCACAAAAAUGGUAGUAUUACAAGGAAUAUUGGUGUGCCUGCCGUUGUAUACUUUUGGGGCGUUGAUGCUCGGCGCGGCCAUAUCAGCUGGUCUGUUCGUGUUCCAUGUCGCAGUGGUGCCUAUGAUCUUCAAGUACUCCAAGACUUUUAGACGGCAUCUUAUAUUCGCUAAUUUUGUUCAAUGGCCUCUGUACAUAGACCACGAAGAGCCAUCGACAAGAGGCAUCGACGGAGGUCGCAACAUCAGCAUAGAGUAUCACUCCAAGGUUGACAACUGCAAUGUGAAGAUUGGGAUAUGGCAUAUCCUCCCGAGGAGCGUUUACGAGCGUUUAAAAGGAAGCUUCGAGUGCGGCGGUGAUAAGGAAGACCUCAACAAGCUGCUUGACGAAGAACUGGCCACUUCCAAGAUGCCCAUCAUGAUAUACUGCCAUGGCAAUUCCAACUCCCGCGCAGCGACGCACAGGAUACAGCUGUAUAGGUUCUUUCAGCAGAUGGACUUUCACACAAUCGCAUUCGAUUAUAGAGGAUACGGAGACUCAACGAACCUGAACCCCUCAGAAGAUGGCGUGGUGGAAGACUCUUUGGUAGUGUACGAGUGGCUUCACAACACUUUGGAAAAGGCCAAGGACAAACCCGCUAUAUUUGUUUGGGGACAUUCCUUAGGCACAGGCAUAUCGUCUCACCUGCUAGGCAACUUAGACGAACUGUCUGUUAAAGUCCUGGACCGGGCAAAGCCUCUCCCGAUGCCCAAAGGACUGAUCCUGGAGUCGCCCUUCAACAACUUGGCUGAGGAGGUCGCCGAGAUCCCUAUAUCAAAGCUUGUAACAUGGCUGCCGUAUUUCGACGCGGCGUUCGUGAAACCAUUCCGAGCGGCGCCCGAGCAUUCGUUCCGUUCGGAGGAGCAUUUGGCGCGCGUUCCUGCCUUGCCGAUACUGAUACUGCACGCAAAGGAUGACGUCAUCGUGCCUUUUGUGGUGGGGGUCAGGCUGUUCAAAUCGAUCGUGGCGUCUCGCUCGCUAGGCGGCGCCACCGUCAAGCUGCACGCGUACGACAAGUCGCAAGGGCUGGGACAUAAGUGGAUCUGCCACGCGGAAGACCUGCCUGAGGUGGUCGGAGAGUUCGUGAAAAAUCACCAAUGAAACGGCACACUCCGACAGCUUUUAGACGCUCAUUGUAAUUUAGGAUUAUUAUUGUCACAAUACAUUUUCAAGGCUAUAAGUAUAACUUUGUGAUAUACACAAGUCUGCUAAUUUAUAUUAAUAUUUAAUAACUAUUUAUGGAUAAUUAUAAUGCUGUAAACAAAAAUACUCAUCGUGGGGAUUUUGAACGUAGUACAUAGGACGUAAAUUUUAGGCACAUUUUUGUUGUUUUAUGCCAGUUUUCACCAUCAAUCCUUAAGCGUUCCCUAACUAAGUAUCACUUUAGUUAAGAUUUUCGUAGACGAUUUUCAUAGGGGUCACUUAAAAAUUAGGGAUUUAUGGUGAAAACGGGCAUUAGUCUCUCUCAACUCAUCACAGGUAAAGGUAUGUUCACAUAUUUUAGAGUGCAUUAGUGCGACUGACUUAUUGUAAAUUAUUUAAUUUUAUGUUUUUGAAAUAAAUUGUAUACAACCGUAAAGAUUGAGUUGACUGGAGAAUUCUUGAGGAAUUAUAAAUUUUAUUAUUUUGGGAGAUCUCAUGACAUUUUAUUGAUUUUUUUUAUUAAUAUUUUAUUUCCAUAAAUUCUCUGGUCUUACGAUAGAUAUGGGUAAAUCAGAAAAUGUCUUGCAUUAAACGCUAAAGUGAAAUGUUCUUUUAGAGAAAUUAUGAUUAACUGUCAAAUACAUAAUUUAUCACCCGGGUUUACCCGUGUCUACCAAUAUGUUGGUAUGUGGUUUAAUGCGACAUUUUGUAUGAGACAGGUUUUUUGUAUGAAUGAGUCCCAUACAAAUGACGCACUUGUUUUUGUUUAACGGUGUUUUUAUUUUGUUUAAGUGUACUUAUCGGGUACUCUUGUGAUAAUGUUAUUAUUGUUUUCUAUUUAUUUGUAAUUUAUUAAGAUGAAUAAAUGACUUUUAUACGAC